GUCAGACAGGAACAAUAUGGCGCCGGGAGGAGCGUUAGCCUCAGGACCAGUCGUUGUCUGAAAGACUGGCGAUCCGGCAGGAUGAACCUCUGCGCCCAAUAUCUACGACAGGCAGAGGCCCUGAAGGCGGACAUGACAGAUUCGAAGCUUGGGGCAGCAGAGGUGUGGACGUCUCGGCAGGCCCUGCAGGACCUUUACCAGAAGAUGCUGGUGACAGAUCUGGAAUACGCUCUGGACAAGAAGGUGGAGCAAGACCUGUGGAACCAUGCUUUUAAGAACCAGAUCACCACACUGCAGAGCCAGGCCAAGAACCGAGCCAACCCUAACCGCAGCGAGGUCCAGGCCAACCUAUCGCUGUUUCUGGAGGCAGCUAGUGGCUUCUACACACAGUUACUGCAGGAGCUGUGCACUGUGUUCAACGUGGACCUUCCCUGUCGCGUCAAAUCGUCCCAGCUCGGCAUCAUCAGCAAUAAGCAGAGCAACACCAGCGCAAUCGUCACCCCGCAGCCCAGCUCCUGCUCCUACAUCUGCCAGCACUGCCUCGUCCAUCUCGGAGACAUAGCACGUUAUCGCAACCAGACCAGCCAGGCGGAGUCUUAUUACCGACAUGCAGCUCAGCUGGUUCCAUCAAACGGUCAGCCGUACAACCAGUUGGCCAUCCUGGCCUCCUCUAAAGGAGACCACCUCACCACCAUCUUCUACUACUGCCGCAGCAUUGCAGUCAAGUUCCCCUUCCCAGCAGCUUCCACCAACCUGCAGAAGGCGCUUUCUAAGGCUCUGGAAAGUCGUGAUGAGGUGAAAACCAAGUGGAGCGUAUCUGAUUUCAUUAAGGCCUUCAUCAAGUUUCAUGGUCACGUCUACCUGAGUAAGAGUCUGGAUAAGCUGGAUGCUCUGAGGGAGAAACUGGAGGAGCAGUUUCAGCGGCUGAUUCUGCAGAAAGCCUUCAGCUCUCAGCAGCUGGUCCACAUCACCGUCAUCAACCUGUUUGAGCUCCACCACCUCAGAGACCUGACGGCCGAUGGCAGCGAGCAGAGCUACAGCAGCGAGCAGCAGAUCAGCUGGUUCCAGUUGCUCGGCCUCUUCAUGUCCUUCCUCGGUGUGAUGUGCAGCCGUGUCCUCCUCAACAAGAACCGAGGCGAGGAGAUCAUGGGGGAGUGUCCUCUGCCAGCCAUCAAGGUGUCUCUGGACUGGCUCAAACUGAGGCCCAGCGUCUUCCACGAGGUCGCUGUUGACAAGAGGCAGUAUGUCUGGCCCUGGCUGGUGUCCAUUCUUAACAGUUUCCAGCCCAAAGAGGAUGACGUGUCCUGUUCCUCAGUGAUGCCCCUGCCAGAGGAAUUUGAGCUCCAGGGUUUCUUGGCUCUCAGACCUGCUCUGAGGUGUCUGGACUUCACCAAAGGACAUCAGGGCAUCCUGGUGGACAGGGAUGGCCUGCCAGUGCACACUCGACACCAGAGACUCAUCAGUCUGGGAAAAUGGGUGGCUGACAACCAGCCAGGUCUGAUCCAGUGCAGAGUGAGUGAGGACGGCCUCCUUGUCUUCAUCACUGACAUUCCAGAGCAGGCCAUCGAGGAGCCACAGGAGAAGGAGGCCCCGGUGCUGCAGGAGUCGUCCAACGGCGAACAGAUGCCCAAUGACGGUGGAAACUCUGGCCUGAAAUCAGUGCUGUCUGCAGGGAAGACGCAGAGCUCGUGGCCUGACAGCUGUGACCGGCCCGUUGUCACCUUCAAGGAGAACAUCAAACCCAGAGAACAGAGCCGCGAGCCGACACGAAACCAUCACCAGAAAGAUGGCGUCAAGGAGCGCCGAGAUUUUUCCAAAGGCAACGGGGCUGCUGGGAAAGGAGAGCAGAAGAGGGACGGCAAAAGGAAGAGCGAGUUGAAGAAAGCCAGCCAUGAGAAAGCUACUGAUGCUGGAAAGCAGGUGAAGGCGCAGACUGAGCUGAGGAAGACUCCGGUGUCUGAGGCUAAGAAGACUCCCGUCACUCAAACUCAAACUACCUGCUCCUCCCAGUUCAUCCCCAUCCACCAUCCUGGAGCCUUCCCACCACUGCCCAGCAGGCCCGGUUUCCCUCCUUCAGCCUAUGUGAUCCCUCCCCCGGUGGCGUUCCCAGGAAUCCAGGUGAAUCCUGGCUUCACCUUCUCCACCGGAGUAUCCGUCCCUGGACCUUUCCUACAGCCGGCCGUCCACACCCAGGCAGGCACCCAGGUUCAGGCCGGGAAGCAGUCCCACAUUCCCUACAGCCAGCAGAGGCCGUCGGGGCCAGGGCCAGGUCAGGGGCCAGGGUCUUCGGGCCAGGGCCCAGGGCCGAUGAACCAGGGCCCCUCCCAGGCUCAGCAACCUCAGGCUCAGCCGCCCUCCCAGCAGGCCUUGCAGCAGUCAGUGCAGCUGCAGGUUCAAGCGAUGAGUCAGCAGCAGUCACCAACCAAACCUGUGCAGCAGGUUGGGAUGGGGAAGAGUCCACCUCACCACCCAGGACUGCAGCAGUAUAUGCAGGUCCAGGACCAGCCGGCUCAGAUGUGGAACCAGGCCCAGGCGGCCCUGCAGAAGAUUCCUACCAUGCAGAUGUCCAUGAAGCAGCCUCAGCAGCAGCAACAGCAAGCCUUCUACAUAGCGGCUCAGGAUCCUCUGAAGAUGUACGAGCACCAGCUGCAGGCGCCAGCUCCACCACAGCUCUCCAAUAUGGAAAAGAAGAUCAAAUAUCCUGAUGUCAAGAUGCAGGACUUCUACUGGGAGCCCUCGUACAGGAUGGGGGACGGCCUGGCUGUAAUGGCUGACAGGAUGAAGAGGCCUCCACCGGGCAGCAUGUGUUCAGAGCAGGAUGGCCCUGCCGGACCCCGCGGACCCCCGUAUGAGGACAACAAGAGCUCGCCUCUUCUACCUCCAGACCUGUUAAAAACUCUAGCAGAUUUUGAGGAGGAGGAGGAGCUCGUCUUUACUAAGCCUCCUGAUUUCUUCCAGGCCUUGGCUGGCCCUCUUAGCACUGCACCUGGACCAAAUAUAUUUCUGCCGAACCAGACCAGGAUGGAGAGCGGCCCGGAGGUCGUCAGCCAGUCGUCUUCUCUGCUGCCCAUAUCUGGCUUCCCCAUGCAGGAGUACAACCAGAACAGCAUCUUCAGCCAGGCCUACGGUAAAAACCUGCCACCCAGCUCCAAGCCCGAUGUUCCCAUGAUGCACCAGGAGCCAUCGCUCUACUCACUGUUCGAAGGAACUCCAUGGUCGCCCUCUCUCCCUGCCAGCUCAGACCACUCCACCCCGGCCAGCCAAUCCCCUCACUCCUCCAAUCCCAGCAGCCUGCCAUCCUCCCCGCCAACGCACAACCACGGAGCCAUGCCCUUCUCGAACUUUGGGCCUAUUGGGACUCCAGACAGCCGAGACCGCCGGGUGGUGGACCGCUGGAAGGCCGACAAGACAGGAGCAGUCAGCGGCUUCGGUUUGGACUACCUGCCGGCUGCAGCCUCCUCUGCAACUUCGGACACCAGCUGGCACCAGGCUGGAUCAACCGGCAGCUCCUGGACCAAUCAGGAGUCUCCAAUGGAGGAGUCGUCCUCCACUGUGCUGCUCGACAGCCUCAAGUCGAUCUGGUCGAGCUCCAUGAUGCAGCCGGGCCCUUCGGCACUGGAGCAGCUCCUCCUGCAGCAGAAACAGAAGCAGCAGCGAGGUCACGGCGCCAUGAACCCGCCUCACUGAACGUGCAGCCCGAGGCGGCGCUUUGUGUCCGGACGUCAACAAACCACCACCAGGAGAAAACGGAGGGGAAAAAAAACAGAAGUUUGACCGAAGACGAGCUCCAACUAAAAUGGGAUAUUAAACCGGCGAGAAACGGUGGAGGCUGGGGAGGCGACACGACCCCCCGACGAGGCUGAAUCACCACCCCCACCCCCCUCGGCUGUCGAGGAGCGGUGAUGCACCUCCUGGAUCGGAGGGCGCGGCAGGAUCUCUUCAACCGCGGUGCCACGCGCCACGCUGCCGCCGGGUUUCCUUCAACCCGCGGAAAUCUGAACAUUGAGGAACACACCUCCCUCUCACCACCACUGAACCCCCCUUGGUUUUGGACAGACGCCACGUCUCCACAUCUCCUCUCUCAUUCAGAAGAACUCCUCCUUUCUUUGGAACAUGAAAAAAAAUUUUAAAAAAUAGAAAUAAACCAAUGACCUCCUCGACGUCUGCUGGGUUCUGACGGGGCGCCGGUUUUUAGCGUCUCCGCUGCCGCAGACUGAAGCGGGGCUGAGAGCGAGGACAGUGUGGCAGUUGUGUUCAGGGGGGGAGGUCAGGUGAAGCACCGGGGGUCAAAAUAACAGACUGGACUUUCUGAUCUCUCCAUUCAUUUUCAUUACUGUGGAGGAAGAGGAGGAGGAGGAGGAGGAAGGCUCUCUGUAGCUGAGUGGUUGAAAGAAGUGAAGGAGGAAGGUUUGGGUUACAGCUAUAUAAAUAUAUACAUACAUAUAUAUUGCCAUAGUUGGACUUUAAACGGGCCUUGUCUCUUAGCCGAGUUGUGAAAACCAGGAGUGGACGCUGCUUUGUGAAGCCGGGCGUGACGCCAGGCUGACCGCUCGCUUGCUCGUUGUCCAGCCUUUUAUUUUGAAGGAAGAACCUCGAGGCCUGACGAUGGCAUGGCUUCAUGAUGCCGGCGAACGUCACGGGAAAGAAGUGCAAAAGGAAGAUGGGGGAAGGGGCUAAGAACAAAAAAAAAAACCUGUCGAUCUUAGGGAUAGUAUUACUGUUAGCUUCAAGAGAUUGCAGAUAUAAAAAACAAAAACAAAACAAAAAAGAAACUGUAUUUUGUGAUUUGUUCGUAGCAGUUUUAGCUUUACGCCCUCUGAGGUGAAUACAGGUAUGUCUAUUAGCUUCCUGCUUGAAUAUUUUUGGGGUUCUCUUCCUCUCUUCUUCCUGUUAUUUCUUUAAUUAAUGAAGAAAAAACUAAAGAUGUGCCCCUGCUUGCUUACUUAA